AUGUCGCCCCAUGCUGUCCCCGUCGAGUCACACGAUGGUAAGCCGCCGAUCGACCUGGCCGAGUUUGCCGUCACAAAGAACGCCUUCCUGCCCGAGCGUGAGCCGUCCAAGAGGCUCGCAGACGCCUACUACGAGCCCUGGGAAAACAUUGUCGCGCAGCUACCCACGCUCAUCCAAAAUGGCGGCUUGGGCCAGUCCAUUGCAAAUCUCCCUGUUCUAUCAACCGCCCAUCUCGGGACCGAAGCGGAAUGGCGAAGAGCGUAUUCAAUGCUGGCAUUUAUGACACAUGCGCACGUCUGGGGUCGCGAAGCGCCAGAUGAGAUUUUGCCGCCGCAACUGACCCUCCCCUUUCUCCGCGUCUCGGAGCAUCUCGAGUUGCCGCCGGUUCUCACCUAUGCUGGCGCCAACCUCUGGAACUUUUCCUGCGCAGGGCACGAUUUUUCUCAAAUAGAAGACCUUAGCACAAUGUUUUCCUUCACCGGCACCGAGUCGGAGUCAUGGUUCUUGCUCAUUAGCGUCGCCAUGGAAGCCAAGGCCGCCGGCAUCCUGCACACUAUGAUGGACGCCCUCUGGGCCGUCAAAACGCGCGACUACCAGGUCAUCAUCGAAGCUCUCGACGACCUGCGACGCUGCAUCCAAGACGUCAGCGCCCUGCUGGAGAGGAUGUAUGAGAGAUGCGACCCCAUGACCUUUUACCACGAAAUCCGGCCGUUCCUGGCCGGCAGCAAAAAUAUGGAGGCGGCGGGGCUGCCGCGUGGCGUCUUUUACGAUGAGGGCAACGGCAAGGGUGUCUGGCGGCAGCUGAGAGGUGGAAGCAACGGGCAGAGCUCGCUCAUCCAGUUCUUCGACGUCGUCCUCGGCGUCGAGCACCACAGCCACGGCAGCGCGGGCCAGGCGAGCUAUCACUCCGAGGUGCGUGAGUACAUGCCGGGCCCGCACCGGCGGUUCCUCGUGCAUGCCGCGCGCAUGGGAAGUAUCCGUGAGCUGGCCAUGGCGCCGCCGAUUACAGAUGCACAGCGCCGUCUGCGCGACGUCUAUGUGGCCGCGACGCAGGCGCUGAGCAGCUUCCGCGACAAGCACAUUCAGAUUGUAACGCGGUACAUUAUCCUACCUUCAAAGCAUAGGAAUCUUAGUGCCGCUGUCACGACAACAAGGAGGCGGCAGAACUUGGCCAGCUCUUCGUCGUCGCAAAAGGCUGACGAGGAGUUGACCGGCACGGGCGGGACCAGGCUGGUGCCCUUUUUGAAGGCGGCGCGGGACGAGACCUGUCACGCGGGCAAACUGGAGCGGUCGCAGUGA